CACAACCUCACCGCCAUGGUUGGUGCUGGUGUCCUCAGCCUUCCUUAUGCCAUGUCAAAGAUGGGCUGGGGUCCUGGCGUGGUUGCAAUGUUAUUGUCAUGGAUCAUCACCUUGUUUACACUAUGGCAAAUGGUUGAGAUGCACGAAAUGGUUCCCGGCAAGAGAUUCGACCGGUACCACGAGUUAGGGCAGUAUGCCUUUGGUGAAAAGCUUGGCCUAUACAUCGUGGUUCCCCAACAGCUACUUGUUGAGGUUGGCACAUGCAUUGUUUAUAUGGUCACUGGAGGCAAAUCUCUUAAGAAGUUUUAUGGCACCGUUUGUCCCACAUGCAAAGACAUCAGAACCUCCUAUUGGAUUAUGAUCUUUGCAUCUGUCAACUUUGUACUCUGUCAAUGCCCCAGCUUCAACUCUAUUUCUGCUGUCUCUCUAGCUGCAGCCAUCAUGUCUAUUGCCUACUCAACUAUUGCUUGGGUGGCUUCACUUAUGAAGGGAGUUCAACCAAAUGUGGAUUAUGGCUACAACUCAAAGAGCACAGCAGAUGGUGUGUUCAACUUCAUGACUGCCUUGGGAGAUGUAGCAUUCGCCUAUGCAGGCCACAAUGUAGUUCUGGAAAUCCAAGCAACAAUGCCUUCAACCGAAGAAGUGCCUUCCAAGAAACCAAUGUGGAACGGAGUUAUCCUUGCAUACAUAGGAGUGGCAAUCUGCUACUUCCCUGUUGCCUUCAUUGGAUACUAUGUAUUUGGAAACUCGGUUGAAGAUAACAUCCUCAUCACUCUUGAGCACCCUAUUUGGCUCAUUGCUGCUGCUAACAUGUUUGUUAUUGUCCAUGUUGUUGGUGGCUACCAGGUAUAUUCUAUGCCAGUGUUUGAUAUGAUGGAAACCUUAUUAGUGAAGCAGUUUAAGUUCCCCCCAUGCUUCACACUUCGAUUAGUUGCCCGCACUCUAUUUGUAGCAUUCACAAUGGCAAUUGCUAUAUGCGUCCCAUUCUUUGGUUCACUUCUUGGAUUUCUUGGAGGAUUUGCCUUUGCCCCAACAUCAUACUUCCUGCCUUGCAUAAUAUGGCUUAGAGUUUACAAACCUAAGAGAUUUAGCUUGUCUUGGAUAGUAAAUUGGACAUGCAUUGUGAUUGGGGUACUUUUGAUGACAGUAUCCCCAAUUGGAGCACUGAGAAACAUCAUCAUUUCAAUCCAUAACUACAAGUUCUUCUCCUGAGCUAUUGUUUCAAGGGUAGCACCCUCAAUGAUUGCUUUGUUCGAAUAAUCUAUUAGUUGAUAGCUAGGCAGCUAGCUGUAGAUUCUAGUUCAAAUCGAGUAGGAACUAUUAGAGCAUGCUCGGAUCUUUUACAAUAGGGUGCAAAAUCUUUCAUGUUUUUUAGGCCUUUAAAAAUCAAUUUUGUUUAGGAUUCUUUACAUAUUUUGCCAUUCGUCUACACAACACAUACAAGAAUUCUGUACAUAACAUGUAGUUUCUUUGAGAUUUGCAACCCAUCAAGAUGAAGAGUUGUCUGUCACAAGUGAUUUUUCUAUUUUAUAUGCAGACAACCAUAUUAUUCCCACCAAGAAUGCAAUAAUGGUA